UUUGCCCGUCCCCAAAAAGGGAACUUUAGAAGAAAGAAAAAGCAAAGACCAGUGAACAAGAUGAGAGUGAUGAAACUAGUACCAUUACCAUGUCCAACAUACAUAUAUACACCACAUGCUCACAAAAUCCGAGCUUGCUCUUCUUCAACCCAGAAAUCAAGAAGAGCUUUUUCUCUUUCUGCACUUACUCUUUCACUAUCUGCUCUUGUUUUUUCUAAUGGAAAUGGACCCACUACUUCAAUUUCUUGGGCCAAUCCUCAAGUUCCAAAGUUCUUGGAGCUUCCCAAUUCAGGUGGUGUCAAGUCCUUGGACCUUCGUAUUGGUGAUGGGGAAACACCCCUUGAUGGUGACGUGGUUGCAAUUCAUUAUUAUGGGAGGCUUGCUGCAAAGCAAGGAUGGCGCUUUGACUCAACGUAUGAUCACAAGGACGAAACUGGCGAACCAAUUCCUUUCUCAUUCGUCCUUGGUUCAGGCAAAGUUAUAUCAGGAAUUGAAACUGCUGUGAGAUCCAUGAAAGUAGGCAGCCUUCGUCGGGUUAUUAUCCCACCAUCUCAAGGAUAUCAGAAUACAUCCCAAGAACCCCUGCCACCUAAUUAUUUUGAUCGGCAAAGACUUUUUACCACCAUUUUCAACCCAACCCGUCUUUCAAAUGGAGAAGGCACGACACUGGGGACAGUCAUAUUUGAUAUUGAAUUUGUCAGCCUGAGGCAUCUCUGAUCUCGAUCAUUUAGCAGCCAUUUUUCUCCACUUUAUGGAGCAAUUGUUGUCAGUUAGAUGAUGAUGGAAGGUAAAUCUAUUGUUUUAGGAAAUGUUGUACACAUUAUUAAUGGUCAUCACCUAGUUACUUGUAAUUGCUUUUACUUAUUUGGAAUAAGUAUUGAAAAAUGUGUUUCAUUAGAAGGUCUGUCCUGAAUCUCUACUUAGGCUGCACAUAUUUUUGACAAUACUCCUUGUACAACAUAACAUAUAUAGUUGUUGAAUGCUUUACAGAGGAUUUAGCGCUGAGAUGAGAUAAAUAGCUCUAACUCACGGUUAUGUAUAAUGGAGAUUCAUUAGCCUGUUAACUCGAGCUGCUCGACAAAGUUUGUUGUUUGUAGUUUUGCUUUUACUGUAUAUUUAGUAGCCUAUUUUAAUUACCUUCAA